GUGAUUAGAGUUUCAGAAAUCGAUAAAAGUUUUAGCUGUAAACGGAAAGUCACUUGAAAAACCCAAACCUAAUGUCCAAAACGUAGCUUAGACAUUGAAUUGAAUCCCAAAUUUCUCCCACCAAAAUGGCAAAAUUGGAGAAUUUGAAAACCAAUUUGUCUCUUCCAUACGCUAAGAUCCACCCUUCGAUUGAUCUGGAGGCCGAUCCCAAUUCCUAUUCCCUUGAGAAAUUCAGGCUUUACGAAACCCGAGCGAGGUUUUAUUUAAUUGGGAGUGAUAGGAACAAGAAAUUCUUUAGGGUGUUGAAAAUUGAUCGAUCAGAACCAUCUGAUCUUAAUAUCAGUGAAGACCCAGUGGUUUACUCACCGCAAGAGAUCAAAAACUUGCUUCAGCGGAUUGCUGAAGGAAAUCGUGCGACUGGGGGCUUAAACUUUGUGGCAAAGGUUUUCGGAAUUGUGGGUUGCAUCAAGUUUUUGGAGUCAUACUACUUGAUUCUGGUUACAAAGCGGCGGCAAAUUGGAUUUAUAUGUGGUCAUGCAAUAUAUAGGAUAGAUGAGAGCCAGUUGAUCACAAUUCCUCAUGUUUCAGUUCAAUCCGAUGUAGCACAUUCUAAAACAGAGCUAAGGUACAAGAAGCUGCUAUCCAGUGUGGAUUUGACCAAAGAUUUUUUCUAUAGCUAUACAUAUCCCAUAAUGCAAAGUUUGCAAAAAAAUGUUUUAUCCAUGGGUGAAGAAGGGAUGCCAUAUGAUAAUAUAUUUGUUUGGAAUGCCCAUCUAACCCAAGCCAUUCGGUCAAGAUGCAGUAACACUAUUUGGACAAUAGCAUUAGUUCAUGGGCAUUUUAAACAGACUCGGCUAUCAAUCUUUGGGAGGGACUUUAGUGUUACCCUAGUUUCUAGACGGUCUCGGCAUUUUGCUGGAACACGGUACUUGAAAAGGGGAGUGAAUGAUCGAGGAAGGGUUGCAAAUGAUGUUGAAACAGAGCAAAUUGUCCUUGAUGAAGAAGCUGGGUCAUGCAAGGGGAAGAUGAGUUCUGUUGUGCAGAUGCGUGGCUCAAUUCCCCUUUUCUGGUCCCAAGAAGCUUCAAAAUUGAGUCCUAAACCUGAUAUAAUCUUACAGAGGUAUGAUCCAACAUACCAGGCAACCAAACUGCAUUUUGAGGACCUGGCAAAGAGAUACGGCAAUCCAAUAAUUGUACUUAAUUUAAUCAAGACCAAAUAUUUUAAAGUCUUUGAAGUAGGCAUGGGGCACUUACAGAUAACUCCCUUUCCUUCAGCCUCCUCUUCUCUCAUCUAUGUGCAUACUGUUGAGAAAAGACCUAGAGAGAUGAUGUUGAGGCGUGAAUUUGCAGCUGCAGUUGGGUAUUUGAACACAAUUCUCUCGGAAGAGAACCAUCUGAAAUUUAUUCAUUGGGACUUUCACAAGUUUGCCAAGAGCAAGUCUGCCAAUGUUUUGGCUGUUUUGGGUGCUGUGGCUGGUGAAGCUCUUGAUUUGACCGGUUUUUACUAUAGUGGUAAACCCAGCACUGUUAAGAGAAGAGCCAACCAACUUAAUAGAGCAAGUGCCGGAAGGGAAGCAUCUCUUAGAGAUCUGAGAGGUAAAUCUGGGGAUCUUGUGAGGAUUGGAAGCAGUAAUGAGAAUUUAAAUUCUCUAACCAUUCGAGACAGAGAGGGUGAUUUAAGUCAACAAAUUAAAAGUGAUAAUUAUGAUGAACCUCCAAGAUUUCAGAGUGGAGUACUGCGAACUAACUGCAUUGACUGUUUGGAUCGUACAAAUGUUGCACAGUACGCUUAUGGCUUGGCAGCUUUAGGUCGCCAACUCCAUGCAAUGGGAUUGACGGACAAGCCUAAAGUGGACCCUGAUAGUAGCAUUGCUGCUGCUCUCAUGGACAUGUAUCAGAGCAUGGGAGAUGCUCUUGCACAGCAGUAUGGAGGUUCUGCUGCCCAUAACACUGUUUUUCCAGAGAGGCAGGGAAAGUGGAAAGCUACAACCCAGUCUAGAGAGUUUCUCAAGUCUAUCAAGAGAUAUUAUAGUAAUGCCUACACGGAUGGUGAAAAACAAGAUGCAAUAAACUUAUUUUUGGGCUACUUCCAACCACAGGAGGGAAAACCUACUCUUUGGGAGUUGGAUUCUGAUUACUAUCUUCAUGUUUCAGGGACAGGGGAUGACCUAUUCCCUGAUAAGUGUGCGGAGGAUAAUGUUAAGCCUUUAGGAGUAGCGGGAAAGAUCCUUGCCCCCAUUCCCGCUUGUAGGGUAGACUUUUCACGAAUGAAGUUGACAUCAUUUGAUAAAUUGAUAGAACGCACAUGUAGUUCAAUAAAGAAUGUAAGACUGUGUAGUGAACCUGAUCAAAGACCUGGUGGUCCUACAGCAAAUUCUGGUGUGGCACCUGAUGCAGCUGAAAUACAGCUUAAAAGUCCAAAUUGGCUCUUUGGCCAAAGAAAGUUUGAAGAAGCUGUGGCUGCCCCCAAAGUCACUGUGCAUGAAAUUAAAAAUGGAGGCCACAAUGCUGAAAUGAAAGUUGACGAUUUCUGUGACUUAAAUUGGCUUUCUUCCUAUGAUGAUGACGAACAGGAUAUUUUCCAGAGGUACCUCUCAAUGACCUCUGUUGAUGAAGCCAAUGGUUGGUAUGGUGGAACACUUCUUGGUGAUCAAGAUGAAAGCAGUCAGAUAUAUAGGCAUUAUGCUGAAUUAUGUCAGGGACCAGCCAUGGAGCCUUUCCAACAUGAUCUAGAAAGAGAGAAGCAUUAUGCUGAUGUUCUACAAAUGAACAGGAUUGAUCUUGUAGAUGAUGCAGCUGUGGAAGCAGAGAUGGCAGCAGCUCUGAAGGAAUAUGAUGUAAUUGGUGCUGAUCUUGGGAUUUUCCCUGUCUCGUGCAAAUCAUUUACCGAAGAUCCAAGUCAGUUAACACGAUGGAUCAUUGGUGAGGACAAGCUGCUAAAGGCUUUUCAAAAAUUUCUGCUUGUAUGGAAGAUAUUUAGACUUGAGAUAUAUCUCACUCGGUACAUUUGUAUGGUUUGUAUGGGUGAGCUUCCUCUUUGUUCAAAAAAACCAGAAAGACAAUAUUUCCUCUUUGAACUUGGGAUCUGUAAAAUGCCAAAUUUCUUUCUCAAGGAAAUUGGUGACAAGUUUCGUGGAAUUUUAAUGUUGUUUCUUAUGUUAAUACCACUGAAAUUAAUUAAGCAUUUAAAAAGGGGGUAAAAAUUUUUUUUCUUC